ACGCUUAGUAGAAGGACGGUGGACAACUGCGUUAAGAGGCGACACAGACAAAGGCACAAAUUGGCUCAGUUUUCUCCGUGUGCAAAAGACUGUGCUUAAGCAAACAGAAGCGUUGACUUUAAGGUUCAUCUGGAUUUGCCGCUGUUUGUGUACUCAAGUUGGAGCAAUGACGUACGUUGGAAGCUGGCUGUUGAUACUGGAAUUAAUAACUGUUAUGCUGAUUACGGCCUACGUGGCAGCGUUUCUUAAGCGUCGCCAAACUAUUAUUGCCUAUCCAAUCCCUGGACCCCAGCCUUCAAUUCUUAACAUUUUCUGGCCCUUUGGGUCUGAGCUCUAUAUCGUCAUGGAACAAUAUAUGAAAAACGUGCGAGCCGGUCAAGCCCUGUACGAGCUAAUGGACUCAUUGACCUCGAAAUAUAGAUCAUAUGGCCUAUACCGCAUGUGGUUCACUUUCAGACCCAUCGUUGUACUGACGCGGGGAAAUAGAGCUGACUGUCUAUUGAAGAGCACGGUCGAAACUUACAAAGCAAAAGAAGUUGCUCUCAUUGAAACUUGGCUAGGACAGGGACUACUUACAAGCAAUGGACCGAAGUGGCAGCGUAAACGCAAGAUGUUGACUCCCGUCUUUCACUUCAAUAUCCUGGAAGAAUUCAUGCCCACCAUGAAUAAACAAGCAGCUCAGCUCACCGAAAUUCUUUUGGAACAGCAAAAUAAGAGGAUCGAUAUAUUCAGCUACCUUGGAAAGUGCGCUCUAAAUAUCAUUUGCGAGACGGCAAUGGGCAUAUCAAUAGACGCUCAACGUACAGAAAACGAAUAUAUAAACAGCUUACGGCUGAUAACUGAAGGCUACAUGAAGCGUCAUUUAACUCCCUGGCUAUGGUCAGACAUUAUAUACCGGAUUUCUCCUAGCGGACGGGAAUACUUCCGUAAUCUCAAGGUUGCGCACGAAUUUACCCGUAAGGUAAUAUCGAUAAGGAUGAAGGAACUGCAAGAACAGCCAUCUCUGACCGAAGAAGUCGCUGACGAAAGCGGAGUUACACGGAAAAAACGACCAUUACUUGAUAGCUUGCUGACAAAACACCUCCAGGAUAAGGAACCGACGAUGGAAGAGAUCAGGGAGGAGAUAGACACGUUCAUAUUUACGGGACACGAUACGGUCGCUGUAGCUCUUAUGUGGUCACUGUAUUUACUUGGACUUCAUCCCGAAGUUCAGGCGAAGGUUCACGAUGAAUUAGAUCGAGUUUUCGGCGAUGAUCGUACAAGAGCCAUUAUAACCGAGGACCUAAACAAACUUAAGUAUCUUGAAUGCGUUAUUAAAGAAACGCUCAGAUUAUAUCCGUCGGCUCCGCUGAUUGCCCGGGAGGUAAUACAUGGAUGUAAUAUAGGAGAAUAUCAUUUGACGUCUGGAGUCACUGUCUUCAUCGAUAUCUUCCAUAUUCAUCGAGAUCCAGAGGUGUUUGAGAAUGCAGAAAAGUUCGAUCCUGAUCGCUUUCUUCCUCAAAAUGCGGCGAACUUAAAGCCUUACGCCUUCAUACCUUUUUCGGGAGGGCCGAGGAACUGCGUGGGGCAGAAGUUCGCUAUUCAGGAGGAUAAAAUUGUCCUGGCGACACUUCUUCGCAGGCUGCAAGUAAAAUCGCUCGUUCCUCAGGAGCGUAUGAAAGUUUUUUUUGAGGUCGUAUUGCGACCAGCUGAAUUAAUCGAGCUUGAGGUCAGGGAACGACCAAAGGAUAAUAACAACUACUUCAAAUAAAGAGUAAAAUUGCACGACUGCACAUAUUAAAUUUUUUGCACGAACAGCGGCUACCUGAACUGUUGUUUCACUUUUACCUGAGUGUAGUACCUAUCUAACCCUGUAUCGUUUUCAAACUUCGAUUAGUUUUUUUUUUAUUCCAUAAGCUCUUGAAUGAGUUUCAGAACCCCUCUCUAAUGUCUAGACAAGGUAGUGGCAUUUUAUUACAUCACAGACUAGAGUACUCUCAUUCAUCUCUAAACAUAGUUACUACAUUAGAACCUGCAGACCCUAAUUUUCACUUUCCGUUAUCGGUUUUAUGACCUAUUUAUACGUCUAAAUAUUAUAAUGUAACGACCAGCUGAGACUAUUAUAAAGAUCUCGGACAAAUUAAUGAUUCGAAGCUCGGUGUAUGACAUAAACAAUUUGGUAACUUUAAAAAAACUGCUCUAAAUACUUUCGAAGUCAACAGUGAAUACCAAUGAGGCCAAAAUCCAUCUACCUGCAUUUAACUGUUCCUCGUCAAACAAUAAGGAUUUUAAUGUCGCAGUUUAUCAUAUUAAGAAUCGGCAGAAAUAUACCAACAUACGUUUGAAUCUACCUAAGGCAUCGAUAUUUAUUGUAUUAAGAUUUGUCGUGCCCGGAUAAUGUAUCUCUAUUCAAGCCAUAUCUUCUAUACAUAAAAAAAAC